CCGUAAAACUAGACGUGUACUUGCUGCAUUAUUGUUAUGUAGUUUCAUCAGAAUCGGGAAAUACGUGUUUACAUCUUGACACAGAUCUCAUCCAUAACCAGUGUCCGUCAUCCGACUCACUUUUAAACUUUACUAAUGUGUUCAAGGCAUAAUGUCGUCGGAUUUGAUGUUAGAUUUUGUGAAUCAGUCGAUGAUGAAUAAGGAAGCAGGGGACAUUUCCAUCGAUCAGGAUGGAGAGUGGGAUAUCAGUCUGUUUGAUGAUCUGGAGGAUCUCGGGGAUGCUGACGAGCUUCUGGAGGCGCUGGUGGAGAGUGUAGGCUAUGACACCUCUGUUCCUGACCUGAACUUUGACAUUGAACACCCAGUGUGGAGUAGCCCUCGAUCAGAUGGUGAUGUAACCGUGGACUCACUGUCACCAAACCAUACGCUCAGUUCAGUGUCCUCACCAGCGUCAGUUGAGCCCCUCUCACCGUACUCCACACAUGAUGAGGCGCUCUCUCCAGUCUCAUGGCAUUCUCAGCUCUCUCCACUGUCUGUCUGUUCUGACUCGAGCGGUUUUGCUGAGGCACCCACUGAGAAGAAGCCUUCCAAGAGGACCAAUCAGACAAAAGCAAAGCCUCUCCAACCAGCGAAGAGACCAAUUCAGGUUAGCCCCAAGGUUUCCAUUCAGCCUAAACCACUCAUUACCACGAUGCCCAUCGCCCAUGCUGCAGCCCCGCUUCAGACUAAGACCAUCAUCAUCCAACCUCUCCAGGCUACUGUUCUACCGGUGGUGAAACCUCCACCUGUCACUAUUCAGCCAGCGCCCCCUACAGGUCAACAAAUGUUGCUAUCUCGGCCCACUCAGGUUGUCCAGCUUCAGACGCCUCAGCCAGUGCCCACGCGUGUAGUCACUGUGCCAACGCUGGCUCAGGACAGAUCCAUAUCUGUUGUUGCCCCGGUAACAGCAUCUCCUAUGGUCGCAAUGACACUGCAGAAUUCCACCCAUGAGGAUGAUUCAAGUGCGUCUCGGAGACAGCAGCGCAUGAUAAAGAACAGAGAGUCUGCCUCUCUCUCCCGGAAGAAGAAAAAAGAGUAUUUGCUGACGCUGGAGGCCCGUCUGAAGGUGGCGCUUUCUGAGAACGAGAAGCUGAAGAAUGAAAACGGCACAUUGAAAAGACAAGUGGAAGGCCUGAUGAGUGAGAACUCUGUGCUAAAAGCAACAGCUCCAAAACGGAGGGCUGUGUGUCUUAUGGCAGUUCUGGUCUUCUUGGUCUUCAACUUGGGUCCAAUGAGUCUGCUUGGAGGAUACAGAGGGUCUACGUUUCCUGCUGCCCCUGCGUUCAAUGGCAGACACCUGCUGGGCUUUUCCCCUGAGUCAGAGAGAAUCCUCGAUUCAGACAGGCCUCAGACUGAUACAUUUAACCCUGUGAACAGGUUGGAGGAUGUGCUAUCAGAGCAGAAGGCUCUGAUGGUGGUCAAGGAUCCUCUAUAUUUCAGAACUCCACCACCCUGCCAGCCACCCGUCAACAGGACCAAGUGCAUAAAGAUAGCGCAUGAGCUGAGAGGCUGGGUACAUCGUCAUGAGGUUGAGCGGACCAAAACCCGCCGCUUGAGCAACACUCAACACAGAGGCAGAACCAUCCCGAAAGCAGCAGAUAAACGGGCUGAGGUACCACAGAUAAUGACACAGAUCCAGUACACGGAUUCCUCUGAAAAGGUUCCCAGCAGCGAGCUGCAGGUGUAUUACGCCCCUCGCCGCACCUACAAUGACUUCUUUGAUGAACUCAACAGAAGAGGGGACACAUUCUACGUGAUCUCUUUCCGCCGGGAUCACCUCCUUCUUCCUGCCAACAAUCACAACAAAGGCAGCCGCCCCAAGAUGUCUUUGGUCCUGCCAGCUAUGAAUUACAAUGAGAGCGUCAUAAAAGACAAAGAGUUUGAGGUGAUGAUGCAGAUCGACUGUGAGGUCAUGGACACCAGGAUCCUCCACAUCAAGUCGUCUAGUAUUCCACCCAUAUUGCGGGUCAAUCAGACGGACACAGGCUCUUUCUAUCACGCGGCUCCCAGCAACAACCAGCCCGCCGCCCCAGUUGGAGUCCUCAUGGGUUCUUCUUAGUCCCAGCAAUCCACUAAUCCACCAAUCUUUUGUGAAUUAGCCAGUUUUCCCACCAUCAUCUAUUUGGUUUCAUAAUAAGCCUCCCCUUUUCUUUUCUUUUUUCCUAUUCGAGUGGCAAUCCAAGAUCUUGGUAAUCUACUACCAAGAUCCCCAAGAUAAUUGAUUGACAAUUUAUCUUAAAGUCACCUCUUCAAAAUGCAUAAAGUGGGCCAUUCAAUACUAAUGAAAAUCAAAUCACAGUCUUUAUUCCAGGCUAUUGUUUCCAGAGACUACUGUUACACAUCUAUCUUCAAAGGCAUCUACAUUUACAUUUAUGUAUUUGACUUAAAGCGCAUUCAAGAUAUACUUGUCUUUUCAGUUUGUGCGCCCUAGAAAUUUAUCUCACAACCUAAGUGUUGUUGGUGCCAUGCUCUGCCAACAGGAGCAUUCAUCUACCAAAUCUCCCACACCAAAGUGCAAUUGGGCUCAAUUAUUGAACUCUUCUCUGCCAUGUGGUGGCUGUCAGGGAUUUGUCUUCGAUUUUGUUUGCACUGUGCUUUUUUUUGUUGUUUAUAAAAUGUAUUGAAAUAUUUAUGAAGUUUGGUACCAAGCUUGUUUGGUCCACCUUUAAUGGUCAUAUUCAGCUAACUAUUCUUCAAUACUAUCCUCAAACAACCCACCUUGGCUUUGAAUUUUGUGCUUGUUGUUAAGUUUUUUGUUUUGUUACGACAUAACUGUUGAAUAGAAAAGAAAGAAAAUUGAUUAUUUCCCAUUCGUGUCUGUGAAUAGAGGCAUUUUGUAUCAUUUUCUUGCAUUUUCCAUUCUUCUGAUUCCAGACAGUGAUGUAAAUCCCUCAAAAAAUUGUAAAGAA